UGUAAACAUCUCGUGUUUCCAAACGUCAACAUUUGAUAAUGGAGAGAUAUCGUGUGAGGGGGUCGCAUGAGGAAGAGGAAUUCUAAAGGCGAUUGACAUCAUUUGGGUCGUGCGACGAGCACGCACAUACAUUAGUCCCCACGAAUCUCGUAGACUUGUCCCAAGUCUGUCGCUCACGCCAUCGUCAAAUCAGAUUUCAACGAUGGCCUCCAUAGCACUCUGUCGAUCUGCAGCAGUAUUCUCCAAGCCCAAACAGUUUCUGCCAAAUGGAGUGAUGAAGAUGAUGAGCGCAACUCACUGGUUGAAUAAUAAUCGCAAUACCAGGACUGCCACAACAGACACUCGUGCAAAAACAGGUAUCCUGAUGUUGAACAUGGGUGGCCCAAGCACUUUGCCAGAGGUUGGAGACUUUUUGAAAAACCUGUUCAUGGACCGUGAUAUCAUUCAGUUGCCUUUCCAGAGUGUGUUAGGACCGUUAAUAGCAAAACGUCGGACACCAGAUAUCCAAGAAAAAUACGGUCAAAUCGGUGGUGGUUCGCCAAUUUUAAAAUGGACACGCAAACAGGGCGACAUGAUGUGUGCCAUCCUAGACAAGAUUUGCCCCGAAUCGGCUCCCCACAAGGCCUAUGUCGGGUUCCGCUAUGCAAAUCCACUCACGGAGAUAACCUUAGAGCAGAUGGAAAAGGAUAACCUUGAGAGAGCCAUUGCAUUCACUCAGUACCCCCAUUACAGUUGCACGACAACCGGCUCCAGUAUGAACGCCAUAUACAAAUAUUACGCCGAGCGUAACAUCACCACGAAAUUAAACUGGAGUGUGAUUGAUCGUUGGGGAACACAUCCCCUGCUGGUCGACGCCUUUGUCCAUCUCAUAGAAAAAGAAUUAGAAAGUAUCGAUCCUGAAAUUCGAGAUCAAGUUAUCAUUCUUUUUUCCGCUCAUUCUCUUCCUCUGCGGACUGUAAACCGCGGGGAUCCCUACCCGGCCGAAGUAGGAGCCACAGUCCAGCUCAUUAUGAGCAAACUCAACCACGCCAACCCUUACAGAUUAGUGUGGCAAUCAAAGGUCGGGCCACUGCCUUGGCUCGAACCGGCGACUGAUAAAGCCAUUGAAAGUUAUAUCAAAAGUGGGAAGAAACAUUUCAUCCUAGUCCCUAUCGCUUUCACUUCUGAUCACAUUGAAACUCUUCACGAAUUAGACAUCGAGUACGGAGAAGAUUUAGCCAAAAAGCUCGGUGUAGAGACUUAUCGCCGACUUCCGGCUCUUAACGAUCAUCCAAUUUUUAUCGAAGCGCUGGCCGAUCUAGUCUCGAAUCAUUUAAAGAAAGGCCCUCGUGUGACGGGUCAAUUACUUUCCCGGUGUCCCAUGUGUGUUAACGAAACCUGUGGCAAGUGCAAAAACUGGUUUUCCACCAUGUGCAAAUAAUCAUAGUGCAACUAGUAACUAUUCAUAGAGGGUUUUAUUUGUUUGAUAUAAAUACACUAGAAUUCGGUGGGA